AUGCAAAGCAUCACCACCUUUGACGAGUGGCUGCUCCGUGCGACUAGAAAAAAUGUUUGCCCAAAACAAACGAUUGACUGGGGUAAAUUUCUAGCUUUAGAGUUAAUGGAGGUUGCUGAUCUUAAUGGUCAUGGUGCAGAGGAGCCUACUUUGCGGGUGGUUGAUUCAAUCCAGAGAUGGCUCCCUCCCCCAUAA